GCAUUAAAAGGGCGAAGAGGGCUCCGGGACGCCCGCUCGGCUCCGGUGCUGACGAGCCUCUGGGGGGUUCCGAGUACCCCGGGGCGUUCGUCAGUGAAAGGGGACGGACAUUCCAGCCUCUCACAGCUCAGCCAGUCCUAUCCCAGAGGCGGGCUCCGCCGGCCGGCGCGGCCCCUUUAAGAGCCUCGCGGGCCGGACGCCGGAGGUCACGGCGUUCCCCCAGCUGCUGGGCCGCCCUCCCUGGCCAUGAAGGCGCUGCGGGCUGGCCUGUGCUUGGCGCUGGGCGCCGGGCUGGGCGCCGCCGCCGAGGGGUGGCGGCGGCGGCGGGCGGACGCGCGGGCGGCGUCGGGGCUGCUGGGACGGCUGCCCGUGCUGCCCGUGGCGGCGGCGGCCGAGCUGCCCGUCGUGCCCGGGGCCCCGGCUGGCAGCGGCCCGGGCGAGCUGGCCAAGUACGGGCUGCCGGGGCUGGCACAGCUCAAGAGCCGCGAGUCGUACGUGCUGUGCUACGACCCGCGCACCCGCGGCGCGCUCUGGGUGGUGGAGCAGCUGCGGCCCGAGCGGCUCCGCGGCGACGGCGACCGCCGCUCGUGCGACUUCCGCGAGGACGACUCGGUGCACUCUUACCACCGCGCCACCAACGCCGACUACCGCGGUAGCGGCUUCGACCGUGGACACCUCGCGGCUGCCGCCAACCAUCGCUGGAGCCAGAAGGCCAUGGACGACACCUUCUACCUGAGCAACGUCGCGCCCCAGGUGCCUCACCUCAACCAGAAUGCCUGGAACAACCUGGAGAAAUACAGCCGCAGCUUGACCCGCACCUACCAGAAUGUCUACGUCUGUACAGGGCCACUCUUCCUGCCCAGGACGGAGGCUGACGGGAAGUCCUACGUGAAGUACCAGGUAAUCGGCAGGAACCAUGUGGCAGUGCCUACCCACUUCUUCAAGGUGCUGAUCCUGGAGGCAACAGGUGGGCAAACUGAACUCCGCUCCUAUGUGAUGCCCAACACACCUGUGGACGAGGCCAUCCCGCUGGAGCGCUUCCUGGUGCCCAUCGAGAGCAUUGAGCGGGCCUCAGGACUGCUCUUUGUGCCAAAUAUCCUGGCGCGGGCGGGCAGCCUUAAGGCCAUCACUGCGGGCAGCAAGUGAGGGCCGAAGCCCAGCCAGACUGUGGGGCUGGGGUCGCAUUAAAGGUGGUUAUUUUUGGA